GCAUCCCUUUUCAGGCCGUGAUGUGCCCAUCUCUAACGGCUCGGGUUUCCUGGUGUCUCCGGAUGGGCUCAUUGUGACCAACGCACAUGUGGUGGCGAACCGGCGGCGUGUGCGCGUGAAGCUGGCCAGCGGCGAGCAGUAUGAUGCCGUGGUGCAGGACGUGGACCAGGUUGCAGACAUCGCUACCAUCAAGAUCAAGCCUAAGCACCCACUGCCCACCCUGCCCCUUGGGCGCUCCUCCGAGGUGCGGCAGGGAGAGUUCGUGGUGGCCAUGGGCAGCCCGUUCGCCCUGCAGAACACCAUCACCUCCGGCAUCGUCAGCUCUGCCCAGCGGGGCAGCCGGGAGCUGGGCCUGACUGCCUCUGACAUGGAGUACAUCCAGACCGAUGCUGCUAUUGAUUUUGGAAACUCCGGGGGCCCCCUCGUCAACUUGGAUGGCGAGGUGAUUGGGGUGAACACUAUGAAGGUGACAUCAGGCAUCUCUUUUGCCAUCCCUUCAGACCGGCUGCGGAAGUUCCUGCAAAAGGAGGAGCAGCGCAAAAGCUCCUGGUUUGGCAAUACAGAGACAAAGCGCCGUUACAUAGGUGUGAUGAUGCUGACUCUUACACCCAGCAUCCUGGCUGAGCUGAAGCUGCGUGACCCCAGCUUCCCCGAUGUCUCCUACGGAGUGCUGAUCCACAAGGUGAUCAUCGGCUCCCCAGCCCAUCAGGCAGGGAUGAAGGCAGGUGACGUGGUGCUGGAGAUCAACGGACAGGCAUCACGCCGUGCGGAGGACGUGUACGAGGCGGUACGGACGCAGCAGAGCCUGGCCUUGCUGGUGCGGCGUGGCUACGACACUUUGCUGGUGAGCGUCAUCCCUGAGGUCACGGAGUAGCGGUGCUGUCGCGCAGGCUGCUGCGGGCGCUGGCUGGCGGUGCUGGCCGAGAGCCGAGAACACAGCACUGAGCUGUGUCUGUGCGCUGGUCAGGGAGAGAC